CUCCUCCCACAACACGGAAUAUGGCGGCCAGCUCAGAUCGGAAUCCCCCUCCUUUCCCUGCAACAGAGGAGCCUGGAGCUGGACCGUCGGACAUGGCAGACGGAGACAGCGACGAGGGGGAGGACAUCUUCAGUAACCCAGUGGCUGUGAGUCGAGGAGUCUCUCAGCCGGACCGUGUCAACGAGGAGCCUCCAGACCUGUUCAGUGAGGAAGAGGAGGCCAGCAGCACACCUGCCAAAUCCAACGGAGUUCACUCUGAUGAGGACAACGACCUGUUUGCUGAGGCACAUGUGGAGCUGAGCACAGACAAGCCUGGCAGCUCAGAUCGGAAAGAGCUUUCCUCCUCCUCUGGCCUCCGUCCUGCUUCCUCGUUCACUCAGAGCCCUGCAGCCAUGCAGCCCACCUCCUUGGAGCAGUUGGAGGAGGACGAGGCCAAGGAUAGUUUUGAUGUGGAUGUUGCUGUCACCAACCCGGAGAAAGUUGGAGAUGGCAUGAAUGCAUAUGUGGCCUACAAAGUAUCCACCAGGACCUCCUUGCCCAUGUUCAGGAGUAAAGCCUUCACUGUCAGGAGGCGUUAUAGUGACUUCCUUGGUCUUUACGAGAAGCUGUCGGUCAAGCAGUCGCUCCUCGGCUGCAUCAUCCCGCCACCACCCGAGAAAAGUGUUGUAGGAAUGACCAAAGUGAAGGUGGGAAUGGACGACCCGUCAUCAGUCGAGUUUGUUGAGAGAAGAAGAGCCGCUCUGGAGAGGUAUCUUCAGAGAGUAGUGUCUCACCCAUCAUUACUACAAGAUCCUGACGUCCGUGAGUUCUUGGAGAGAGAAGAGCUACCCAGAGCAGUCAGCACCCAGGCGCUGAGUGGAGCUGGCUUCCUCAAAAUGAUCAAUAAGGCAUCAGAUGCUGUCAACAAGAUGACCAUCAAGAUGAAUGAGUCUGACACUUGGUUUGAGGACAAGUUCCAGGAGGUGGAGAACGAGGAGCAGCAGUUGAGGAAGCUUCAUGCUUUGGUCGACUCCCUGGUCAAUCACAGGAAGGAGCUGUGUGGGAACACGGCAGUAUUUGCCAAAAGUAUGGCCAUGUUGGGAAACUCUGAGGACAACACAGCCCUGUCCCGGGCCCUGUCCCAACUGGCAGAGGUGGAGGACAAGAUGGAGCAGCUGCAUCAAGAGCAGGCAGCCAGUGACUUCUUCAUCUUUGAGGAGCUGCUGGCCGACUACAUCCGCCUGCUGGGCGCUAUGCGGGGGUGUUUUGACCAGCGCAUGCGGGCGUGGCAGCGAUGGCAGGAGGCUCAGAGCACACUCCAGAAGAAGAGGGAAGCCGAGGCCAAGCUGCUGUGGGCCAACAAGCCCGACAAACUGCAGCAGGCCAAAGAUGAGAUCACUGAGUGGGAGGCGAGGGUUACUCAGUACGAGAGAGAUUUCGACAGGGUUGGAAUGACUGUACGCAAGGAGGUUCUCAGGUUUGAGAAAGAAAAAGCCAAGGACUUCAAGAGCCAGAUAAUUAAAUAUUUGGAGGCAAUGCUGCAGUCUCAACAACGGCUUAUAAAGUUUUGGGAGGCGUUCCUGCCUGAGGCAAAGGCAAUAGCUUAAUGAAGAGGGAGACUUUUUAAAGACCCCAACUGCCUUUUUUGAACACUUUACCUCUUGACAAGGACCUGAGAGGACAAUUUUGAAAUACACAAACUUCCAUCCAUUUUUUUUUCUUUUGUCUUUUUAAUCAUAGUGUAUUCUCUUAUUUUGUACAGUCCUUUGAUAUAAUAAGCUGCCACAUUUACACUCACUUUCUUUGGCAUAGAUCCUUGUUUAUGUUCUUGACUUAAAGAUGGUAUAAAGCAGGAAUCCAACAGAGAUUAACCUGGCCGUAGUAUUUGUAAAACCCACUGUCUGUCAGUGGAGAUAUAUAUUUAUGUUUCUUGCUUAAACCAGUAUAUUAAAGUGUUAACACCGAGGUACUGCCCUAGAGUAACAUUGUCUAUAGUUUACAUUAGAAGAUAGAUGUAUGUAAGUCAUUCCAGUCUCUAACAGCUUAUGUUGAUGAAUGCAUGUCAGAUAAUGUUUUAAAUGCACUAAAAUGCAUUGUACAGUUGGAAAAGCUGUUUUUUUUAAAGUGAAAUACCACUAUUGAUGACAGAAGUCAUUUACCAGGAGUAUUAGCACAUUGUUACAUUGUAUCACACAAUAAAUAUUAGAUCAGAGAAAUCCUGAUCUAAAACUCAGAUUUGACAAUUGUCAGAGUUAUUACAAAAUGAUAACAGAUACGUAAGGUUACAGUGAGUAAGUUGAGAAAAUGCAAUCACUGCUUUGUUGGUAUUUUCUACGAUGAUGUAUUUGCUAUAAUCAUUUUUAUUAUAUUAAUCCAUUUCUUCCACGACAGUUUUAAGUACUUUAGAUGUUUGGUGUCAGAGAUUGAGGCCCAAAGGAACUCAUUUGGAACUGCUGCAGAGAUUGUUUACUGCCCGUGUAAAUGACUGUUGACGUGUAUGUACACAUGUACAGUACUUGAAUUGAAUCCCACAAACACUGUCCGAUAGUAUUAGUAACCAUACCUUUUUUGAUAAAUUGGUUUAACAAUGACAGAAAGGCACAGACAUUCAAGUGAUACUGUCCCUUAUUUUCUUAUUCAGCAUUUGUAAGUGUAGUUUUACUGUCAUGUCAUAUUUACGUAAGAAUGUGCUUUAUUUUUGUAACCACUUUGCAUUAGCACACACACAUUUUCCUGGAAAUGCUUUACAGGUAGAUGUACAAAAUAAAUGAUUGGUUAAUCUUUGG